AAGGGGAGGAGGGGGGGGGGUUGUUCGGGGAGGCGGGGGGAAACCUGUUUCUCUCCAGCAUUUCUUAGCUACGAGCUCGCCCUGGGUGCAGGAGCAUGGGAUGGCUCAGCCGGCUGUUGAACCAGCUCUCCUGGAAGGGAUGCUCAGCUCCUAGCGCCCCGGGCGUGCUGAGGAUGUCGGCGGUCCCCGAGCCCCUGGGCCGCCCGCGGAGCAGCUCCUUCCGCAGCCUGGGCGGCACGCUGGAGGCCACGCUGGGCAUGGGGCCGCUGGAAGCCGAGCGGGAGGAGAUGCGCAUCCUCAAGGUGUGCUUCUACAGCAACAGCUUCAACAUGGGCAAGAAUUUCAAGCUGGUCAAGUGCCCGGUGACGACGGAGAUACGGGAGGUGAUCAAAUCCAUCCUGGUGAGCGGCCGCAUCGGGCCCGACAUCAAGCUGGCCGAGUGCUACGGGCUGCGCCUCAAGCACGUCAAGUCGGACGAGAUCCACUGGCUGCACCCCGAGCUGACGGUGGGCGAGGUGCAGGAGAAAUACGAGUGCCUGCACCUGGAGGCCGAGUGGAGGUACGACCUGCAGAUCCGCUACCUGCCCGAGGACUACAUGGAGCGCUUCACGGAGGACAGGACCACGCUGCUCUACUUCUACCAGCAGCUCCGAAGCGAGUACAUGCAGAACUACGCCAGCAAGGUGAGCGAGGGCAUGGCCCUGCAGCUGGGCUGCCUCGAGCUCAGGAGGUUUUACAAGGACAUGCCCCAAAACGCCCUGGACAAGAAGUCCAACUUCGAGUUCCUGGAGAAGGAGGUGGGCCUGGACCUCUUCUUCCCCAGCCAGAUGCAGGAGAACCUGAAGCCCAAGCAGUUCCGCAAGAUGAUCCAGCAGACCUUCCAGCAGUACGCCCUGCUGCGGGAGGAGGAGUGCAUCCUCAAGUUCCUGCACACCCUCGCCACCUUCGCCAACAUCGACCAGGAGAGCUACCGCUGCGAGCUCAUCCAAGGGUGGAACAUCACGGUGGACCUGGUCAUCGGGCCCAAGGGCAUCCGGCAGAUGACGAGCAAGGAAGCCAAGCCCACCUGUCUGGCCGAAUUCAAGCACAUCAAGUCCAUCAGGUGCUCCAGCGUGGAGGAGGGCAGGGCCGUGCUGCAGCUGGGGCUCAGCGGCACCCCCCAGUCCCUAUCCAUCAAGACAUCCUCUCUGGCCGAGGCGGAGAACAUGGCAGACCUCAUCGACGGCUACUGCCGGCUGCAGGGGGGCUUGGAGACCUCCCUCAUCGCCUUCCCCAGGAGAGAAAGGGAGAAGAGGAGCAGCCUGCCGCGGAUCCCCAGCCCGCACCUGGAGGAGCGGCACUCGGUGCUGGCCGACAGCGCGAGCGUGGGUGGAGUCUGGGGGCUUCUCCCCCUUUUACUUCCCCCCCACCCAGCCCAGUGGUGUUGGAAGGGGUGGGGGGGCUGUGAUUUGGUGUGGCAGGUGAGGGGGGGUGCAGCCGAGCACCCCGGGUGCAAACCAGGCCAGCCCAGGGCACCGAGGGUCGGAUCCUGCCCCUGGGGCGCUGUCUGACCUGCUGCCCCCUGCC